CACUGGAGCAAACAUGGCGGCCGAGGGAGAUGUCGAUUUGGACCUUGAAGCUGACGAAAACUGCACGGGAAAACCGGCGGAGAAGCCUCGGAAACAUGACAGCGGAGCCGCGGACUUGGAGAGAGUCACGGAUUACGCGGAGGAGAAGGAAAUAUCCAGCUCCGACUUAGAAACGGCGAUGUCGGUGAUCGGAGACCGAAGAUCACGAGAACAGAAAGCCAAACAAGAGAGAGAGAAAGAGUUGGCCAAAGUCACCAUCAAGAAAGAGGACGUGGAACUAAUUAUGUCAGAGAUGGAGAUCUCGAGGUCGGUGGCGGAGCGCAGUCUGAGGGAACACAUGGGGAACGUGGUGGAGGCGCUGGUGGCUCUGACCAACUGAACAAAUCACUCUCACCAGAACGCAUCAACACAACGAGGCUCAACUGUUAUCUUUUCUCUGUUUUUAAAUAAAAGUUGACCUGCCUCACGUCUGAUUUAAA